UUCGCGCCCGAACGGCCUGUAGUGUCGCGCUCGUCUCGAUCGUCCGCUCAUUACCGCCCGCCGCUGCUGCCGUCAUUCGCCGCCACCGCGUUUUCGGCGUGAUGACUCGCCGCCGUCACGUUUACCAAGGCCCCGAACGAUCAUUAUAACAAUUAACAAUUUAUUGCUAUUAUUUAUAAUAUAAUUUAUUGUAAAAUAUUAUCAAGACGUAUACGUUUCUAUUAACGUAAUAUAAUUAUUAUAUUAUACAACAAUAUAUAGUCGAGGUCUUCCGGGUCCGUCUCCUGCGAUACCGUUCGGACACUCGUAAAUAGAUUUUAUAAUACAUUUAUAUAUAUUGUGCCGUUGGCCGACGGUUUGUUUUUAUUUUCACACAGUUCGUGUCGGUGGGGCACGUACGAUUCGACGACGCCGCCGCCGCCGCAUGUUCAAGACGGUGCGCGCCCAACACGGCGCCGGCAACUUGGUGGCCGAGCUCGAGUACACGAUAUUGCCGCAGACGGACGACCGUUCGCCAUCCGUGUCGAGUGGCGAGGACGAACCGCCGACGUGCAGCGCUGUGACCGCGGGCCACCGGACCCAUCUGCACCAUCACCACCAUCACCAACAACAACAACAGCAGCAGCAGCAGCAGCAGCAGCAGCAACAGCAAAAACAACAGUACCAGUACCGGUACCACCAGCACAGCAGAGACGCGUCGCAGCAUCCUCAGCCGCACCACCAUCACCACCACCGCAGGUCGUCGUCGUCGUCGUCUUCUUCAGCGACGGCUGACGACAGCGGCGGCGGCGGCGGCGGUGGUGCGGGCACCCGGCGCACCGUUGUCGUCAUCAUAGCGAUGCUGGUGCUCGGGUGUGGCGUCGUGGCGGCCGCUGUGCUGGUGCCCAUACUGUUGGCCGCCCGACUCGUGACCGUGCCCGCCUCGGCCCGGUUGCAGACGUUCGCCGUGGCCGCGUCCGGCGUCAUCCAUUCGGCGCGCGGCGACUACGUGCAACUGCUGCCGGUCAAGCACGCGCCGCCCGGCACGGUUAUCAAUUUCGGACCGCCGCCGCCGCCUCCGUCCACGGGCCACCGGCGCAAGAGACGAUCGGCUGCGGCCAAGGGGGUCAGACCGCGACGGAGGCGACCGGUCCCCGAUGUCCGGCACCGGAAACCGGUCCGGACCGACGACGGUUUCCGAUUGUUGGACUUCCGGAUUCGUCAAUAGUGACGACAAAAGUUUCCGGUUUUAUACGGACCGAGAGUAAAAUCGGAUAUUAUG